AUGGGUUUAGAAAAACUCUUAAAGGAUGUUUUACCGAAGGGGGACCAUUUCGAAGCUCUUCAUCUGAGGAAUGUCCCGAUUGAAACUCAUCCAUUGAUCACCGCUAAGCAUGAUACCAAUGAACCUGCACCAUUGACUAUAAAAACUCAGCAUCUUUUCGUGCUAUUUUACCAGGGUAAAGUGAUCUACGGGUUGGAGAUUUACGUGUACUUAACUCUCAAACAUGGAAGCUCAUCUUUGUUCGAUGCCGAGAGGACCAUCUUCAUAUCUAAGGCAGAUACAACCGGAUACGCAGAUUGCAAGCUAAGUUACAAAAAUGUUACGAAAGCCAUCAUCCAAUACAUUCUCUCUUUGGACCCCAAUGCAUAUCUCCAGAAUGUGUUACCUAAGGAACGGGAUUACUCUAAGAUCGAUCCUUCUUUGAUCACCAAGAAGACGAGCGCGGCAAAAGCUCUACGUAUUAUUUCGAAUAGACUGAAUCAGGAUUCACAACCACUGCGAAAACCCUUAGAUGAACAACUUAGCCACUCUUAUCAAUGCUCUCACAACGUUAAGACGAAGCUUUGUCUUUUCACUAGACCUGCGGCGGAGUACUUAUUUGCGGCAUCAUCGAAGAACCCAAGGAAACAUGUGGUCGACGGAGAAAGACUUCUCAAAUGGUGGAUUGACAUCCUUGAUGAGAUUCUUCUCGAGACUUUCCGAGAAAACACUGAGGCAAAGAUGCGAAUACCGGGUGAAGAUCCUAUAAAUGUCAAGCGCUAUCUGAGAAGCACCAAAUAUGGCCACUGGGAAGCAGGUGAUGUAUUUGGCAACAACGGAAAGGACUUGGCGGCGUUUCGACUGCCAUUGUUUCCCGAUGAUCCAAAAACCCGUUUUCUACGCAAACUGGUUGAAGAAGAUCGGAUAUAUAAGACUGAUCUAAGCACAUUUUGGACAGAAUUGCAAGAGCGUCAGGAAUUCAAACUAAGUGUGAUUGUUUCUGUCAUAGGAAUAUAUGGCCAUGUGGCUGAAAUUCCCUGCAAUUUACCAUCUACCAGAGACCAGAUCGAAGCUUCCUCUAGGAGACAAUUCAACAGUAUAAAGAACUACAUCACGGGAGAAGAGUAUGAUGUCAUAAGCGGAGCCACCGAAGCUUACGUGAAUGUACGAGACUUUUUAAAAAUCAAGCUGAAUCGAAAACUGCUUCAGAUAAUUGGAGAUUGCCAAACCGGUCGCAAAUCAAAAAGUGCAGAGAGACAGGAAGUUGUAACAACUCUGCAAGUACGUAAGAGGCCCAAAAAAAUCUGA